GCGCGGCGCGGAGCAGCGGCGCGGAGGGAGCGCGGCCCCGCCCCGCCCGCCCGCGCGCGUGCGCGCGCGCCCGCCGCCGCCACGGAUUUCCUGUGGGACAAGCGCACCGGGCUGGCUGCCAGGACGAUGCCUCACUCGCGGAGGUACCGCUCGUCGGAGCGCAGCAGCCGCGGCAGCUACCGCGAGCGCUACCGCAGCCGCAAGCACAAGCGGCGGCGCUCGCGGUCCCGCUCCAGCAGCAGCGAGCGGGACCGGCGGCACCGGCGGGAGGACAGCUACCACGUGCGCUCCCGGAGUUACGAAGACCACUCGGUGGACCGGCGAGCCUACGACCGGCGCUACUGCGACAGCUACCGGCGCAACGACUACAGCCGCGAGCGCGGGGAAGCCUACUACGACGCUGAGUACCGCCACUCCUAUGAGUACCGGCGCUCCCGGGACCGCGAGGGCAGCUACCGCAGCUGCAAGAGCAGCCGGCGUAAGCACAGGCGGAGACGGCGCCGCAGCCGGUCCUUUAGCCGCUCUUCAUCGCAGCGGAGUCGACCGAGCAGCAGAAGGGCCAAGAGUGUGGAAGACGACGACGAGGGGCAUCUGAUCUAUCGCGUCGGCGACUGGCUACAAGAAAGAUAUGAGAUCAUUAGCACCCUAGGAGAAGGUACAUUUGGCCGAGUGGUGCAGUGCGUGGAUCACCGGAGGGGUGGUGCGCGUGUUGCACUCAAAAUCAUAAAGAACGUGGAGAAGUACAAGGAGGCUGCGCGGCUGGAGAUCAACGUGCUGGAGAAGAUAAAUGAGAAGGACCCAGAGAACAAGAACCUCUGCGUGCGGAUGUUCGACUGGUUCGACUACCACGGCCACAUGUGCAUCUCUUUUGAGCUGCUGGGGCUCAGCACGUUCGACUUCCUGAAGGAUAACAACUAUCUGCCUUACCCCAUCCACCAAGUGCGGCACAUGGCCUUCCAGGUCUGCCAGGCAGUGAGAUUUCUACAUGACAAUAAGCUCACCCAUACAGACCUCAAACCUGAGAACAUCCUCUUUGUGAGCUCUGACUACGAGCUCACCUACAACUUGGAAAAGAAACGGGACGAGCGGAGUGUGAAGAGCACAGCCAUCAGGGUGGUGGAUUUUGGCAGCGCCACGUUUGAUCAUGAGCACCACAGCACGAUUGUCUCCACCCGGCACUACCGGGCCCCGGAGGUCAUCCUGGAGCUCGGUUGGAGUCAGCCCUGUGAUGUGUGGAGCAUUGGCUGCAUCAUCUUUGAGUACUACGUGGGCUUCACCCUGUUCCAGACCCACGACAAUCGGGAGCAUCUAGCCAUGAUGGAAAGGAUUCUGGGACCAAUUCCUUCUCGCAUGAUCCGGAAGACCAGGAAGCAGAAGUAUUUCUACCAUGGCCGCCUGGACUGGGAUGAGAACACCUCUGCAGGCCGCUAUGUCCGUGAGAACUGCAAACCACUGCGGAGGUACCUGACCUCAGAGGCUGAGGACCACCACCGCCUCUUCGAUCUCAUCGAGAGCAUGCUGGAGUACGAGCCGUCCAAGCGCAUCACCCUGGCCGAGGCACUCAAGCACCCGUUCUUCGACGUGCUGAAGAUGGAGCUGAGCACAAAGGUGUGGGACUCUAGCCGAGACAUCAGCCGGUGACACUGCCGACACCAGCGUGCCCUCAGGUUCUAGCCCCUGUGGAGGCCUGUGUGAUUUGUAUCAGACACUUGGUGCUUUUUUAUACAAGAGAGACAGACUCCUGGACCCUUUUGUUACUGUGUAAAGCUGUUAAUAUGUGAGAUAUUGUACAUAGCCCAUAUUCUAUAUCAGCCUUCGAGCCGUGGGCCUGACCACCUCCUGCUGCUGCCGCCGUUGCCCUAAGACACAGGGCCCAUACGUCCAUUAUGUAAAUACUUUUCUUCACAUGUUGCGUUGUCUCUGGUCCUCAUCCCCUACCCCCCCCAAGUGUGAAUACCCUGGGGCUCCUGGCUGCCUGUAGCUCUUCCUUUCCUUGUAAGUUAUGAAGCUGGUGGGAUCGCAUGGGAAUUAUUUUUUGGAUCGAUGUCAUAGCCCAUCCCCACACCAGAGUUUUAUAAGAAUUUUGUACAGUCUUUGUGAAAAUAAAUAUGAAGUGACUUAA